CGAGUAGGGGUUGGUGGGUGGAACUGACUCCUGUUCGUAUUCGAGCUGCUCAGAAUUUGAACUGGUCCCAGUCUCCAUCCCCCUCCAUUUUAAAGCUCGGAAUCAGCCCCCGUUUUUCUUCCCAGUGAUAUUCUUUGGUAUGUACUGCCUUUCUCGUUUCAGCUGUGUUUCUGCUCCAUCUGCUUUUCCUCCCUUCAGGUUCACCUGGCUUAACUUGGUGUUCAGAGCUUCCAAAGCUGCAUUCCACGUUUGGCCUUUGCUAAUGAAGCGCUGAGUGGUGCUGGAACAGUGUGGGCUUGGGUCUCUGUUUGUUCUUGAUGAAAUGUUUCUGUGAUCAGUAGGGCUGUGUAAACUUAGUUGGUAGCUUGUCUCACAAAAAUAAUAUGUUGUAAUGCCUUGUGAAGGUCUCAUUGUAGUGAACUGUCACCUGCAGCUGAUAUGGGGACAUGUGCGUAUGGUCAGAUUUUUCAUGGAGAAAAAUUCCUUGUUAUAUAUUUUCUUGGAUAUUUUUUUUUUGUUAUAUAUAUCACUGAACUAAGACUUUGAUUUCAUUUUUACAGAAAUCCUGUCAGGAGCUUCAAGGUGUUUUAGAAUUAGGUAUAUCAGUUAUUAGGUGUUGGCACUGUAACCCUAAAUAGGUGUGUUAGGGACAUCCUAACCCUGUGUAACAGUUUCUUGUUGCUGAGAUUGAGAAGUAUUUUUCUGUAGCUGGGUUAGUUUAGCACUGAUCAAAGGUAAGUGCUUUGUUUUGGAGCUGGAAGAAAAGUGGUAGGUUGUGAAAAGAUGCAAAUGUGGGCUCUAUAAAGCAAGAUAACAUUGGGUCGCUCUUUCAAGCGCAUCAAACUUGUUUUGUCAAUGUUUUGAAUCGUCCUAAUGCAAAUUUUUCUUUCUCUUUCUUAGAGGGUGUUUCUUACCCUCCCCAGCUUUUUCAGCGCCACCUUUUGCAAGUGCAUGGAUGAACAACCUGUGCCAUCCUGGUUAGAGCCCGUUGGGCAAAUCUGAAGUGUCCUUUUCAUGGCAUUCCCUUUGUUUCCUGUCUAAUAAGGACUUUUGGGGGAGCAGGAGAAGUGGUCCUUGGCUCCUUGAGGGGGAUGUUGAUGUGUACGAGGUCAUUACCAGGGGAAUCUCUGCUGACCAGAGAGUAGGAUAUGCUGGUAGGACCCUCUUCUGGACUCUGGUUAUUCAUUUAGGCACCUUGUGGAAGUUUUGUGUGUUUCUUGCAUAGAAAAAGAGCAAGUGAGCACAAUUAUGUGUGACAUGAGAAGGGGGGACAGUUUUUAUGAUCUGCUUCCAGUCACCAGUUUCACAUUCAGUGUGUGGCUUCACAGGCACUUCAGCUCAUGGAAGCAUAGACUGCAGCCCACAGGAGGUUCUUGACUUGCUGUUUGGGUGCUUGUACAGGUGGGAAUCUGAGUUCCCUGCCUUACAAAUAGAUCAAGCAGGAGACAAUCCGGCAGGAUUUUUUCCCCCCAGCUCGGUGUGGGUGCUUAAAUGAUUUUGCUGGUGCAAGGGAAUGGUGAGAAUGUGAGGCUGGUGCUGAAAUGGAGUCUUAUCCUUGUCCAGAGAAACCAACACUGUGAGUGCGUAACAGUGCAAUGGUGUAUUUUUCUGCAUGUAUUUUGUCAUAUAUAGCUUCAAAGUGUAUAUUUACAUAUAUUUAAAAAUUUAUGAAAUAGUAGUGCCCGUGCUUACUUCCUGCUUUUGUGAGUAGUAUCACUGUAUGCCUCAUCAUCAGGUUGACAGUACUGGGCAUGUCCUUCUCAUAAAAAUACUAUAGAAAGCAGAAUUAGAUGUGCUUUGGGAUCCCCUCUCCUGACAGAUUGUGCAAGUCGACUGACUUGGAAGUUAUUCUGCCUUGCACUGCACAUGGUGAGAAGUCAAGGUUAUAGUAACAAGCACUCGUAGGUCAAAAAGUGCCCAGGCUGGAGUAGUACUUGUGCCCUUAAUCAACUAAUCAGCCUUCUAAACAAGCAUUAUGAUUUCUUCUUAAUCAUGCAGUUCUGUGCUCUCCUCAUCCCACCCGAGCUGCCUGGUUUGUUCCUUUCCUUCUCUCCCGCACGUGUGGAGCUCAUUCACUUUGGGUAAAAUUAUCACGCUCUGAAAUGUGACCUUGUGGAGCUUGACCAGUGAGAGAUUAAGAGCCCAGUACAAGCUUGGAGCUAUUUGUUGACCAUCUGCUUGCAGGACACAGUGUUUUCGGUUCAGUGGAUCACCAGAUGAUGGUAAAAAUGUUUCUAGAUUUCAGUUUUUAGGUGAUUUCUCAGUGUCUGAAGGUUGUGAAUCUGGUGAGUUCUGGGUGGUACAGGGGGUACGGAGUGGCACUGACUGUGCUUUCCAUUGGGUUAAGAAAUGCAGGUGCUAAGUUUGAAGUUGGAUAUCUACAGCCCAUGUUCCAGAGGAGGUAGGGUUCUUCCAUCUGUGGUUGAAAUACACAUACUGAAGCCAUGGAAAAUCUGACAGAGGCCUUGCUUAUUGCAGUUCAGCCCAGGCACUUUACUUGCUGUCAGUGAAUUCCCCCAGUCUGCCCCUUGAGAAUUGGCUUGUAACAUGUUGGAGAUGUGAGCACUGAGUGGUGAUGCUGGGAUUUAUAGUCUCAGAACUCGGUAUUGACAAGAAGCUGCAGCCUGAUUUGUUUACUCUUGCAUUUGAUGGUGUCACACUGUCAGUCUUGGUGCUGGACAGGGUUUAGAUUUGGACUUGACUUGCAGAGUCUGUGUGUGGCAGCCCAGUCAAGCCGUGGCUCUGUGCUUGCUUGCUUAUAUGUGACUUGCCUAGGAACAACUGCUUUUAUUUCUGACUUGUCAGUCUUUGAGAAGAAAUGUAUCAAAAACAAACCUAGUAAGUACAAAGGGUCCCUAGUGAGCUCUGAAGUGGGUGAGCAAGAGCAAAUGAGCGAAAAUGUGGCAGAAACCUCUGCAAGAAUCAUAUCAAGUAUUUGUAUGACGUGCUGUAAAGUGAAGGAACCCUUCAGCUGUAUGGAGGAGCAGCUAGCAGUCUCCCUCUUUCCUAUUCCUGAUGUGACAGGAAUGCAGAGCAGGAUGCUGGCCAGUGUUUAAUAUCAGGUUUGUUGCUGCUGUCGUAGGGGUGGUGGGGGAGGAAGAGGAAGUGUUUGUGCUUGGUUUCUGUUUUGCAGGCAUUGCCUGUGCGCAGUGUUGUGCCGUUCUGAUGUGGCAGCAGCUGUUAUUUUUGGCUUUCCCAGUGUGCUGUUCGGGUGGAUGUACUUCCUAAUAGAUGCGGUUCUCUUAAUCCGUGUGUUGGGUGCUUGUGCUUCCUGUGUAUCGGUGCAGAUGGUACUGAGGUGCAAGUAAUUUACCAUGAUUUAUUUCUGUAGGCUCAUCUGUGUGCAUUUUGAGUGGCAUUAACCGUGUAUGAAAGGCAAGCCUCUUUAAGCUUUUAUUUUGCAUAACCCCAUCAGUAUGUGGUCAGUGUCAUUCACAACGUUUGAUCCCCUUCUCUGGGAGUGAAGGAAUAAGCUUUGCUGUUAGAGUGUGCCUCCAUCUAUAUAAUGCUGUCCACGGUAGUUAAAAUGGGUGCAGUCGUUUCUGUUAAAAAACAACAGGCGUAGCUGCCAUAAUUAUAUUAUUAUUAUUAGAUCUGUGUCAACCAAAUCUGAUAAAAGCAGUGAAAGAGGUUAUGAGAUGAAUGUGCCUACCCUGGUAGGAUGUCGCUACACGUGUUUGAGAGCUCUGAUAGAUAAGCUGUCUCUGAUUUAGCUUUUGUAGUUAGAAAGGUUAUCUCCUUUACCAGCUGUCCUGCUGCUUUGCCAGACACUACCUCCCUUGUACUGGGGCCUAAGCAGGGCCUGUUCAGCUGCCCUGGUUUAAUAUGCUGUGAUUCAGCCUUUCUUCCCUAAUACCAUCCGUGCCUUGUGAAGCAGACCCGGUGAGGAACAGUUGUGCAUCCGGCUCUGCUCCACCCGUGGUUGGUGAUCUUCAGCUGAGGCAGCUGGGGACAGUGUGUCCCCUCAGUGACACAUUUGGUAGAGAACAUCUGUCAGAGCCCCGAGCAGCGAGUGAGAGCAUCUGCAUCCUGAAAGGAACUCGCUGUGAAUUCUGAUCCUAGACUGGAGGGAAGGCAUGCUCUCGAAAGUUCUGAAUUGAUGAGCAAGUAAAGAUCUCUAUAAAAGCUAAUUUAGCACUUGCUAACUCAUAUCCAUACAACAUCUUGCAGGCUGACCUGCUUCUGGGGUCCUACUCCCUCUUGAUUGUGAGAGGUUGGGUCCAUAUUCCAGUGACUGCUCAGCCGAAAGAGCUUGGGUGACAUCUCCAAGAUCACUGCAAGGGAGCAGACUGCCAGGAUUUCCCCCCUGUGGCUGCCUGACUGCUGCUGAGCUACCCCUCCCAGCCCAUGUGGCUCUCCCCAUGCUCCAGGAGUGCAACUGGUGCUCAACGCAAUGUGUGUUUGUCAAACCAUGGAAGUGGGCAAGUAUGGCAAGAAUGCCACUCGAUCUGGAGACCGGGGGGUCCUGCUGGAGCCUUUCAUCCACCAGGUGGGCGGCCACAGCAGCAUGAUGCGCUACGACGACCACACCGUCUGCAAGCCCCUCAUCACCAGAGAGCAGCGCUUCUACGAGUCUCUGCCCCCGGAAAUGAAGGAGUUCACACCUGAGUACAAAGGUGUGGUUUCUGUCUGUUUUGAGGGAGACAGCGAUGGCUACAUUAACCUGGUGGCCUAUCCCUACGUGGAGAACGAGGCUCUGGAGCAGGAUGAUAUGCCAGAGAGGGACCAGCCCCGGCGCAAGCACUCGCGCCGGAGCCUUCACAGGUCAAGCAGCGGCACCGAGCACAAGGAGGAGAAGCCUGGCCUGGCCAGUGACAGCACUGAAAGCAGCAUCCAGGAAUCGAAGAGUCCCAGGGUGGACUUGCACAUCCACUCAGAUGUUCCAUUUCAGAUGUUGGAUGGGAACAGUGGUCUGAGCUCCGAGAAGAUCAGCUAUAACCCCUGGAGCCUGCGCUGCCACAAGCAGCAGCUGAGCCGCAUGAGGUCAGAGUCCAAGGACCGAAAGCUGUACAAGUUCCUCUUGCUGGAGAAUGUGGUGCAUCACUUCAAGCUUCCCUGCGUGCUUGAUCUGAAGAUGGGGACCAGGCAGCACGGAGAUGAUGCGUCUGAGGAGAAGGCUGCUCGGCAGAUGAAGAAAUGUGAACAGAGCACUUCUGCCACCUUGGGCGUGCGUGUGUGUGGGAUGCAGGUGUACCAGCUGGACACAGGGCACUACUUAUGCAGGAAUAAAUACUAUGGACGCGGCCUUUCCAUCGAAGGCUUCCGCAAUGCCCUCUACCAGUAUCUCCACAACGGCAUCGAGCUGCGCAAGGACCUCUUUGAGCCUGUCCUUGCCAAGCUGCGGAGCCUGAAGGCGGUUUUGGAGAGACAGGCCUCCUACCGCUUCUACUCCAGCUCCCUCCUCAUCAUUUACGACGGGAAGGACAGCCGGGCGGGGAUGUUUGUGGAGCGCCGGCCGGAGGCGCGCCUGAAGCGGGUGGACGGCUCUGUGCCCGAGAGCCUCCAGGACGGCAGCGGCACCGAGCCCGGCUCCUCGGCACAGCCCAAGGUGGACGUGCGGAUGAUUGACUUUGCACACAGCACCUUCAAAGGCUUUCGCGACGACCCCACUGUGCACGACGGACCCGACAUGGGCUACGUCUUCGGGCUGGAAAGCCUCAUCAACAUCAUGGAACAGAUGCGCGAGGAGAACCAGUAGCCCUGGGCUAUGGCCUCUUAUUCUUGUCCCGGUGGCCCGAGCAGACAAGACCACCUACUACCACGGGAAAAACACAACUUUGGUUUUAAACAACUGUAUCACUCCAUUGUUUUUAAAUGUACUUGGAUAGGAGAGCCGAGGGAGGCAGGAUGGAAGAGCUCCUCGUGCCGACCAGACGGUUCCAACCACACUAGCUCUGCCUUCUGGAGGAGGCUCUGUAGAUGCCUGCUGGGUGUCGGGUGUCCCGGUUCUUCACUCCUUGUGUGCGCAUUUUGUGGAGGGAGGAUCUGGAUGUAGGGAUGAGAAAGCAGGAGAGCCUGGGGCUCUUCACGUGGCUGGAGCUCUGGUGUGAGGAGCCCCCGGGAGAGCCUUCCCUUCAAAAUUCUCCAGAGCUGUUUGGAAAGGGCGCUCCACUAACGGUUGGCAGCGUCUGUGUGGCCGCUGGUGAGCAGCUCAGGUGCCGGUCCCUGCGUUCGGUGUUGCUGGCUCUGCCCUGGGUUUUGCCAGUGGGGCUUUGCUUUUGAUGCUGCCUUUUUCUGCUGUUUGGGCACUGUGAGUAGCCACCCCAGACACAGAAAUGAAAUGACCAAAUGCAACCCCUGGCAGAGCUGCGGCUGGGAGGGAACGCCGCGCACCUGGAGCUGUGCUCGAGCCCUGGGCCUGCUCCCUCUGAUGCUGUGGCACGGGGCAGGCACGGGGCUCUGAGGGAGUGACUCUACUCUGGAGCACUGACCAAGCAAGCACUCAGCUCGUGGGCUAGCAAUAGUAUCUGUAGCAGUUAAGAUGACCCCAGCUGUCCAGCGGGGCCUUUUGGACCAUUUCAACCCUUCCCCUCCUGUAAUGUUGGUCCCACAGGCCGUACUGAGUCUGUCCCUCCAGCACAAAGAUGCCCUCUGCUCCCAGGCCCUGCCCUUUCCAAAGGCCUGGGGGUGGUGGAAGAGAAGGCUGAGGGUUGGGGCUGACCCCCUUCUCCUCUCUGAGGAUCUCCAGGGGCCAGGUAAGGGGGGACCUGGCUGAGUGGUGAGUGCCACUGCCUGCCUGUUUAGCUUUGCUUCCUGGAGUCAGUCUGUCCCAAAAUAAAUGUCCCCUGGCCUCCCUUGAGGCAUUAACGUUUGAUACUGUGGCCUGGUAGUACCAGACCGUACCCUGCUCCACAUCACCCCUGUUUCUGUGCUGGGGCCCCCCGGCUGCUCCCUCCUGCUCUCACUGACUUGUUCCAUGGCGUUACCAUUACCCCAGUUCCCCGCCAGGCCAGGGUUGGGUUUGGGUUUUUUUUUAUUUUAAUUCCUUCAGGAAAGCUUGUUUGGGAAUACUCGCAUGUCGCAUGUGUGCCGACUCCGUGUGUGCGCAGGUCUCUCGGACAGUGCGGGUGCUCGGCCAGCUGCGGGCAUGGGCCUGUGCCACUGGUGGGGAAGGGGACAGGGACUGGGCCAGCUCUCUCUGCCUGUCUCCCAGCUCCUCAACACUUGUCCAAGCCAUCGCUCCACUCCCACCUUCUGGACAAGGACCUUUAUCCCUGGCCCGCUGCCCUGCGCUACUUCAUCGCUCCUGCGGGUCGCUGCCUUCCCAGGAGUCGCAGGAUUUUCAGGGAGCAGGUUUGCAGGAGGGACCGAGGUCGGGUGAGGGGCUGGGUGUAGCCAGCAGGUGCCCCAGGUGCCCCCAACAGCCGUGUUACCCCCCCGGCCCUGCCCCAGCGUGGCCUGUCGCUGCCCCCCCUCUGCAUGUCGUUGUCCCCUGGGGGCUGUGCUCGGGCAGGCCAGGCCCCACCUCCUGGGGAACCCCUUGGUGUCCCCCCGUGCCCAUUCCUGCCGUUCCCACCUCGCAGGGCCGUGACAGACCUGCCACGCUGCUGGUGCUCCGCGGGAGUCGCCUCCCUCCCCUUCGGACCACCGCGGUGGGACUCCACAGCUUGUACAUAGCCUUGGCCCCGUUUGUUUUUACAUGAAUAACCACCCUGUUUGUGCUUCACCAGAGAACCAAAACCAUUAAAGGAUCUGUUUUUGUC